UGCAAUUGCAAAGGUGUUGCAACGCCUCCCACAUCAUUCCCCUGCAGGGGAUCCUGGGAAUUGUAGUCUUUAGGAACUGGGUGAAAGGAAGGACACUCCAAACCGGAGACUACAAUCCCAGGAACCUUUGAGUAAACCUGGAAAAAAAAAGGGAGCCACUUCCUGAAGGACUGAGAGUGUCAACAAGGAGGAAAGAGUUGCUUUGGGGGUUGCAGAUUUUGAGUGCCUUCUGCUGGGGAAGUGGGUGAGUUCCUGGGAGAUCUGCUCUCUCUUUGCUCCUUUAUUGGUUUCGUUAGAAUUGUACUUCUGCUUUUAAGCCGUUCUUGUUCUUGGCUUGGUGACAUCUCUCGGAAGCUUUUUCCUUGGCUAAAAUGGGCUGCCGUGAUGUCCAUGCCGCAACAGUUUUGGCCUUCCUUUCUGGAACAGCAGCCCUAUCGGGACUCAUUGCUGCUGCUCUGCUUCCUAACUGGCGACAAAUGCGACUCUACACCUUUAACAAGAAUGAAAAGAAUGUGACUGUUUACACUGGGCUCUGGAUCAAGUGUGUGCGCUCGGAUGGGAGCAAAGACUGUGUGAUCUAUGACACAGAGUGGUACACAGCAGUCGAUCAGCUGGAUUUGCGUGUUCUCCAGCUUGCUCUCCCCAUAAGCAUGUUAACAACUGUCUUGGCUCUGUUUCUCUGUCUGAUUGGCAUGUGUAACACAGCCUUCAUAUCAACGGUGCCCAACAUCAAACAGGCCAGAUGUCUCAUAAACAGUGCAGGCUGCCAUCUUGUGGCUGGUCUCUUCUUCCUCUUGGCCUGUGUCAUUUGCUUGACACCAUCUGUUUGGGUCAUCUUUCAUAAUCAAGAAAUGAACAGAAAAUAUGAGCCUGUUUUCAGCUUUGAUAUCUCUGUGUACAUCGCUAUAGCCAGUGCAGGAGGUUUAUUGUUUACUGCCAUUCUCUUGUUCCUGUGGUAUUGUGCCUGUAAAGCCCUACCUUCUCCGUUCUGGCAACCUCUAUAUUCACAUGCACCCAGUGUACAUAGCUAUGCCUCCCAACCCUAUUCUGCACGAUCACGCCACUCUGCUAUUGAAAUUGACAUCCCUGUUGUUACACACGCUAGUUAAAGAUGGGGUUGGGAAAGCCAAAUGCCUCUUUGCUCUCUCAUAUAUCAAGGUGGGUGAUAUUCCACUGCCUUGCCUUAGAGACUAUACAAAAGAAGUGCGAAAAGAUCUGCAAUUAGAACUGGCAGUUUUUACCACUUCUCCAUGGGCGUUUACCAUAGUUAGAAAUGUAUUUUGGUAAAUAUAUCAGAAAACUCAGUUUUGGUCUUGGAACUAUCUGUAAGUUUUUAAGUCCUGUCAACACUAUUCGUAUUUGUAAGUUAAUAGGUAAGUUAAAGACUGGAACUUCUUUUCCAUAUAUCAGUAAGGUUUCUUCAGCAUCCACAUCCACUGAUGUUUGUAAACCAGCAUGGAAGAUUAUUUUUAAGUACCUCUUGCAGGUCCAACUUUUUGACCUAACUUAGAACACUAGGAUUUUAAUUGUCUGCUUCACUGAUGCAUUUUUGCAUUAAUGGAGCAGACACUGUGAGAAUGCAUUUUUGAGCCUUGCCAUUCUAAAUUUUACAGUGAAACAGUGAUUGCUGUAUCAAUUUGGUCCUAUGCCAAUUUUUAUUUUCAAUUGUUCUGUUUGUGAACUUCACAAAACUGUUGUCAGAUUGCUACUUGAGCCCUCGAUAAAUCAGAAAUUUACAAAACAAAAACAAUAAUAAUGACGGGUUUAAAUAUGUGUAUAUGUAUAUAUGUAAUAGUAGUAGUACAUCUGCAUUGUGUAAUGUUUUUGUUCUAUAGAAAACAUUUUUUGAAGCUAUAUUUUCUUUUCUCUAAAUAUAGGAAGUGCCCAAAAAUGCAUUUACGGUUAAAGUAUAUACAGCAUAUCACCAAUAAACCAAAUAGCUUUAGAUUUAUUUAAAAUAUUUUAGUAAUACAGCCUAUAUUAAUGAGAAUGCCAUUUUUAGAUUUCUAGUACUGUUUGGCUCCGUGAGAUAUUACUCUAGUUUUUUUUGAUAAUCAAAAUUUCUUUUGUUUUACCUUUAAAAUGCAUACAGUAAUUCUUUUAGAUAUGUUAAAGCAAUGACAUCUGUUUCCUUGUCUAGUAAUCCUAGUCUGUUGAUAUAUGGCUUUCAAAUUUUAGAUAGUUUUAUUGGAUCAUUAUUGCUUUUCUUUAUUACAAAUGGGCUCUCAAAUACCAUUUAUUAAUUUAAACACCAUAGUGAUUUUGGAGACUUUUUAUAUAAAUAUUGAAGAUAAAAUUAUAACAAAGGCAUUUUAAAAUAAUUUCUGGUACUUUAGUUUGCAUACAGAUUCAUUUCUUACAUCUUAAUCCUCUUUCUUAUGCAUUAGAAAUGUAUUGUUUUCUUCAUAUGUUUUUCCAUUUGGGAUACUUACAUUUCUGUGCAUGUGCCUUCAAGCCACUGAAUAAUGAAAAACUAUUAAUUGGUGUAAGUUAUCAAGGCUUCUUUGAGUAAUGAGCAAAACAGAACAUGGAGUCUGAUCCAUGUUUUAAGAAAAUCAGUUUUACUAUUGAUUAAGCAUCUUCACUGAAACUUCUUAAGUGAAGCAAGAAGUGACCUUCUGGAUCUGUUGGCACCAUAUAUUCUUAAAUUAUUAAGUGUAAAAAUAUAUUUGAUCAAAACAAAGCACUAAAAAAAACACUACAUUUAUAUGGAGAAUUUUUAUAUUUUUCUAACUGGGUACUGAGAAAACCUCGCCCUCUCAAUUCUGCUUCAGGUAUCUGUAAGUUUUUAACUUCUGUAAACACUAUUGGAAUUUGUAAGUUACUAGGACUGGAACCUCUUUCUUAUAUAUCAGUCUAGUUACUUCAACAUCCACAGCCACUGAACCAAUGUGGAAGAUUAUUUUUAAGUACCCCUUACAGAUCCAACUUUUUGACUCUCAAGAAUAGGAAUCAAAGCUGAGGAUUUAAUUUACAAUAUUUUCUAAACUCAAAUUUCUGCAAAGUAUUGCAUACUGAUGCUUGUCCCAUAUUUUAAAUUCUACAUAGCUUUUUUCUGAGCCAUUAGAAUUCUGUUUCGAUUCAGUGAUUUCUCUGAAACAUUGUCCAGCUUUCAUUUAAUAGUAAGCCAGUUUGUGGUUUCUUUAACUCUGACAUAUUAUUGUAUUCCACCCCAUUCCUGUCAACGAACAGAUAUGUUGUAGUUAGCCACAAACCACAACUAGAUGCUGUUUGUUUUUGGUGGCUUCCAAACUCUGCCUUAUUUAGGUCGCUACUUCUAAAUCUAGAAUUCUGACUUGUUCUUGACUUGUUAAUCAAGCUACUCAACCUGAAGUAGAAGCUGACAAAAGAAGCAGGAAAGAAACAGGCAAAAAUUGAGGUCAUCUUUAGAAUUAUUUUUAGCAAAAUCUACAAAUUUUGGCUGCCAUAAAUUGCAGCAUUUGAGUACUUUGAAAUUUAGGGGGCACAGGAAUCUUUUGUUCCAUUUGUUUACACGUAAUUUGAACAUUUGAAGAAAUGAUUUGUAUCUCUAAUAUGUAAACUUCAUAAUACGUAGAGAAAUUUCUUGCAAAUAAAUUUCCUGCAAAUAAAUCACAGGUCAAAAUUGUAAUAUGAUGGUGCUAAAAUAUGAAAUUGCUGCCUUUCCUUUUCCACUCAUGGGUUAAAUAUCCACGCUUUUAAUUAAAAAGUGCAAAUUUUUAAUUAACAUUUGGAAUCUGUAUUAGCAUGCCAUGCAACUGUGAUUGGUUCUGAUAUACCAGGUUUUUUUCCGGUUAAGAUUGCAAAUUAUUGCUGGCAGGUACACACAUACUACAUCUGCCUUAUUGAAUAAAUUGAGAUAAAUUAGAGGUGGCCACUUUCUUGUUUUCUGUGAAAUAUCAUUUGCAUUGAUGAUUGAAAUCUUUCCAUUGCACUGAUGACUGAAAUGUAAUUACAUUUGUAAUUACACUUACAGACUGGGACAAUCUCCUCCCACUAACUGCCAAAACCAACCCAAUAUCUCAUGCCUUGUUUUAUCGUUUCAAGGAGUUUAAAUCAAAACAUCUAGACUUCUCUUAGGUGUGGGAGUCUCCUGGUACAUAGCCAUAGGAUUUUUCUGUAUUGUGACCAAUUUGCCUAAACAUAUUCACAUGAAUGAUGGGAAAUGCCUCACAGGAUGGACACAAUUCAGUUGGACAGGGUCGGAAUCUGUGUUGUUUUGUAUUUAAGCCGUCUGUUACAAGAGUUAAUUCUGGACAUUUGUAUUUUCAAAAUGGUAGCUUUUGUUGCCCAAUUCUCAACUAGGGCAUCGUUUUCAUUUUGACUGAUACAUUAUAUGCUAGAGACCAAAUGUAUUAUUGGCUGCCAACUUGUUCUUUAAUGAAGGGUUUGUAUAAAAUAUAUCACUUAUAAAAAUUCCAAUCCUGCUUGUAUAUGCAAAAGCUUCUGGUUUUGAAAUUGGGUUUAAUUUUAAGUUGCCUGCUUUCAAAUCUAUUUUGUGCUUGCACAAUUGGUGUGAUUUUUCUAGCACACACAGAAUUGUCAGUGUAAAUUUCAACAGUGCUGUUGGAAAGCAAUUUCUUCAUCCCUGUUAUUUUGUGUUUGCAUGAAAACAGUACUAUUUUCUUCAGGUUUCACCUAUUCAGUGAGACCUACUGUAAAAUUCUGGUUUCAACUUUCAGUGAUGUUUGGUUAUUGUGUACAUUUUUAUGUAAAAGAAUGUAUUUUUUGAUUAAAAGAAUUGAUCUUG